UCCCUCGCUCUCCUCCAACCUCGUCUGACCACGAGGCACCAUGCGCUUCACCUUCCUUGCUACCAUCGUCGGCCUCGCUGUCGGCGCGUUCGCCCAGUCUAGCGCUGCGGACGCGUACGUCGCCUCCGAGGGCCCCAUCGCAAAGGCUGGUGUCAUUGCCAACAUCGGCUCCGGCGGCUCCAAGUCGUCCGGCGCGAAGUCCGGUGUUGUGAUCGCCAGCCCGAGCACGUCUAACCCCGACUACCUCUACACCUGGACGCGCGACUCGUCCCUCGUCUUCAAGGCGCUCAUCGACCAGUUCACCUCCGGGGAGGACACCACGCUCCGCAAUCUGAUCGACAACUUCACGGCGUCGCAGGCCCGCCUCCAGCAGGUCUCCAACCCGUCCGGCACCGUCAGCACCGGCGGUCUCGGCGAGGCCAAGUUCAACAUCGACGAGAGCGCGUUCACCGGCGGCUGGGGUCGUCCCCAGCGCGACGGCCCUGCUCUCCGGGCUACCGCUAUCAUCACCUACGCCAACUGGCUCCUCGACAACAGCAACUCGACCUACGUGACCCAGACCCUCUGGCCGAUCAUCAAGCUCGACCUCGACUAUGUUCAGAACAACUGGAACCAGACUGGCUUCGAUCUUUGGGAGGAGGUUAACUCUUCGUCGUUCUUCACCACCGCCGUCCAGCACCGCGCUCUCCGCGAGGGUGCCACCUUCGCCGCACGCAUCGGCCAGACCUCGGUCGUCAGUGGCUACACAACUCAAGCUGCCAACGUCCUCUGUUUCCUCCAGUCGUACUGGAACCCCAGCGCUGGCUACAUCACUGCUAACACUGGUGGCGGACGCUCCGGCAAGGACUCCAACACCGUUCUCACCUCCGUCCACACCUUCGACCCCGCCGCGGGAUGUGAUGCCAACACGUUCCAGCCCUGCUCGGACAAGGCGCUCUCCAACCUGAAGGUCUACGUCGACUCCUUCCGCUCCAUCUACAGCAUCAACUCGGGCAUUGCUGCCAACGCUGCUGUUGCCACCGGCCGCUACCCUGAGGACAGCUACCAGGGCGGUAACCCCUGGUACCUCACGACCAUCGCGGUCUCUGAGCAGCUCUACGACGCACUCAUCGUCUGGGACAAGCUCGGCAGCCUCAACGUCACCGCCGUUUCCUUGCCGUUCUUCCAGCAGUUCUCCUCCAGCGUCGUCGUCGGCACCUACCCCUCGUCGUCCGCGACCUACACGACGCUCACCACCGCGAUCCGCACCUUCGCCGACGGCUUCAUUGCCGUAAACGCCAAGUACACCCCCGCGGACGGCGGCCUUGCUGAACAGUACGGCCGCGCCAGCGGUGCACCCGUCUCCGCCGUUGACCUCACCUGGAGCUACGCCGCGACCCUCACCGCGUUCCACGCGCGUGCGGGCAAGACCUACGCCGGCUGGGGCGCCGCCGGCCUCGCUGUCCCCGCCACCUGCUCGACGAGCGGCAGCGGCAGCGGUGGAGGUGCCGGCACCGUUGCGGUCACCUUCAACGUGCAGGCGACGACCGUCUACGGCGAGAACAUCUACAUUACCGGCUCCGUCGACGCGCUCCAGAACUGGUCGCCAGGCAACGCCCUCAUUCUCUCCGCCGCCAACUACCCCACCUGGAGCAUCACCGUGAACUUGCCCGCGAGCACCGCCAUCCAGUAUAAGUUCAUCCGCAAGUACAACGGUGCGACCACCUGGGAGUCCGACCCCAACAACCAGAUCACCACCCCCGCGAGCGGCUCCGCCACCCAGGCCGACACAUGGCGGUAAACCACCGCCGCAGCGACGUGCUCGGCGAAAACUCGGGGCCCCCAGGGGCGCACUGUAGUGGGUUGUGUGCGCCCGGGAAUGCCUGGGACACGCGGAUCUGGGAGAUCGGAUCCGUCGCAAAGUAAAUCGUGGGGGAUCGACCCCUUGUACAAGCAUUAUAGCUAGUAGUAAAAAGCUACCGUACCAUAUAUGACAUAUAUGAUCUAUACCCAUUCCC